AUGGACACUAAAAGACGGAGACAAUAUGCCCCAAAGUCCCGCACCGGAUGUCGAACCUGUCGGACGAGAAGAGUCAAAUGCGAUGAGGCUCCUGGAGCGUGCAAGAACUGCACCUCCACCGGACGGACCUGUGAUGGGUACGAUGUCACCCGACUUCCAACAAGAGCCGGCGGGCAUUUGCACAAUGCCAGUCGCCCAAAGUUUCAGCUGCGAGUCUGUCUCCCCGGAAUGAGUUCAGACGAACGCCGAUGUUUUACCUACUUCCAAACACAUACUGUGCCUAGGAUGGUGGGAUUCUUCGAUUCGGAACUUUGGGAGCGACUGGCACUCCAGUUGAGCCAAGCCGAGACCGCUGUAUGCCAUGCCGUUGUUGCUCUAGGGGCCUUGCAUCAAGACUCCGAAGCUAGAGGAACGCUUGUGCAGAAAGUUGACUUGGAUCGUAAUGACCACCAUCGCUUCGCGCUCGAACAGUACAACAGGGCCAUUUCUGCCCUACAAAAACGCCUGCAGUCAAAGGAUCCUCAGGCUCGCUUGGCUGUGCUUAUGUGCUGCGUCACCUUUGUUUUCUUUGAAUACCUUCAGGGCAAUCGGGGGAAAGCAUUCGCUCAUCUCCAGAACGGGCUUCAGGUUUUGGCGAACCGCAAGGGGAAUGAGGCACGUACCAUUCCGGCCCGAGAAUCUACUGCCGAAAGGGCACUUCUGCGGGCAUUCGCACAGCUGGAUGCUCAAUCCGCGUUCUUCAGAGUAUCUGGCUCCGUAACUAGACUAGGAGCACAGAACGGCUACCUGACUACUGAUGUUUUCAACCAAGAAUUCGACUUCCAAAGCUUGGAAGACGUGAAAGGCAAGCUAGAUCCUUUAGGCAAUGUCAUCUUCCGCUUUCGAACCACCUGCCGGUCAUUGCUCUGCAAUCCAAUGACCGACGUCCUUCAACUAUCUGUCGAGCACCAUAAGCUACGGACUCAGCUAAUGAAACAUAUCUCGGCGUUUGAGGCAUUCAGCGCACGAUUACAUCCAUCCAAGACGACUACCAAAGAAGCACGCAGCUUGGAUACGAUAAGACUUCACCAUAUCGUCUUAAUGGUGGAUCUGGAUACCGUACUUAGCCUGUCAGAGCUCGUAUAUGACUACUAUCUACCACAGUUCCGAACAUUCGUGGACCUUUGCGAGCGCAUCAUAAACAGCAUGAGGGCAGAGUACGGCCAGGAUCUCACCAAGAUAGUAGCCGACAUAGGCAUCAUUGCUCCACUAGGCUGGACAAGUCUUCGGUGUCGAGAUCUCCCCACUCGACAACGAGCAUUAAGUCUUCUUGAUUCUUGGCCCCAUUGCGAAGGGCCAUAUGAUUCUCGGUUCUUUGCAACUCUGGCGCGUCAGGUAGUCGCCGUCGAGAGUGAGGGGGAGGUAGCAGGCUUCAUUCCGGAAAAUGCUCGUGUGCGCGACACGUCUCUGGAGAUGUUAGGGGAUGGACACCAUGCAGUGCUAUGCUAUACGUUAUCGGACCCGGAAAAGAUGGACCUCGAAGUACAUCGACGACCAUUUCUUUUCCGAUGA